ACACAAUGAAAGAGUAAAAGGGGAGUGUUUAGACAGUGAAAAAGCGCAAGAGAGAUAAAGAGCAGGGAGAGGUUAUUUAACAUCAACAUACAACAGUGUAUCAGAAGUUUGUUCAUCUUUGUGCCGUGAGAACACCUUUCAUUCUGGCCUCUCUGUGGCCCGCUGUUGUGUUAGUAUAAACUGCGAGCUGUGUGUGUGUGUAAAAGAGCGUGUGAAUGUGUGCAGGAGUUCGUAAAUAAGAUGCCCAGAAAGAUUGUGUCUGUUUCAAGUCUCAAGGGGGUUUCACCUCCGAGCAAUUUUGGACAAAGUAAAGCAAGUGGAAGCCCCCAUGCUGAAACCUCAGAGGAAAAGGUAGAACUGCGGAAAAAGGUGACCCUGCUCCGAGGAAUCUCCAUUAUUAUUGGGACAAUCAUUGGAGCGGGAAUAUUCAUCUCUCCAAAGGGAAUUCUGAAGAACUCUGGCAGUGUGGGAAUGUCACUUGUGGUAUGGGUUGCAUGCGGGAUUCUCUCUCUGUUUGGCGCUCUGUGCUAUGCUGAACUGGGCACCUGUAUUAAAAAAUCUGGUGGUCAUUACACGUACAUUCUGGAGGCGUUCGGUCCGCAAAUGGCUUUUGUGAGAUUGUGGGUAGACAUGAUUGCCAUAAGACCUACAGGGAUCGCUGUGGUUGGUUUGGCAUUUGGCCGCUAUAUUUUAGAGCCCAUCUUUAUGCCAUGUGGAGUCCCUGAGAUUGGUGUCAAAUUGGCCACAGCAAUCGGGAUCACUGCCGUAAUGUACAUAAACAGCAUGAGUGUAAGCUGGACUGCCAGACUCCAGGUUUUCCUCACGUUCUGCAAGCUGUUAGCUAUUGCCAUCAUCAUUGUUCCAGGGCUAUACCAUCUCUUCAAAGGGGAGACCAAAAAUUUUGAGAAUGCAUUUCAGGUCAACACUGUAGAUCUGUCCGGACUUCCACUAGCAUUCUACUCAGGGAUGUACGCAUAUGCUGGCUGGUUCUACCUAAAUUUCGUGACAGAGGAGGUGGAGAAUCCUGAGAGGACAGUACCCCUUGCCAUCUGCAUCUCCAUGGCGAUAAUAACAAUUUGUUUUACACUGACAAAUGUGGCAUAUCACACAAUUUUGACAGCAGAGGAGGUGCUGGCCUCAGAUGCAGUAGCUGUGACAUUCGCAGAGAAGCUAAUGGGAAACUUCUCAUAUGCCGUUCCCAUUUUUGUGGCUCUGUCUUGCUUUGGGUCCAUGAACGGAGGACUAUUUGCCGUUUCGAGAAUGUUCUACGUGGCCUCUCGAGAAGGUCAGCUUCCUGAGGUUCUCUCUAUGAUUCAUAUACGCAGACACACACCAUUACCGGCUGUGAUUGUAUUGUAUCCAGUUACAUUAUUGAUCCUGUUCUUAGGGGACAUUUACAGCCUGCUGAACUUCAUGAGUUUCAUGCGCUGGCUGUUCAUCGGAGUGGUUGUAGUCGGUCUUAUCUACAUGCGCUACACACGGCCUGAAAUGCCGCGACCUUUUAAGGUCCCUAUCUUCAUCCCUGCUCUAUUUUCUCUUACUUGUUUCUUCAUGGUUUUCCUUUCUCUUUAUUCGGAUCCAGUGAAUACCGGCAUUGGAUUCGCCAUCUCACUUACAGGCAUCCCUGCGUACUACAUAUUCAUCCACUUCGACAGAAAACCCAAAUGGUUCCUGAAAUUCUCAGACUUUGUAAACAGAUCACUACAAAUCAUAUUAGAGGUGGUGCCUGUUGAACACUGACCCUUCUUCUGCUGUCUCUUUAAGAAAGAAGAAUGUAUCUGUAUGGCUAUACCUUUAUAAACAUAAAUGUCACACUAUAACAAAUGUUUUCAAUGAGAUGUGACUCAAACAUAAGCUCAGACGGGGAUUUGGACAUGAUCUGCUUCACUCUCCUCGGUGGCUGAGAUGAGGUUAUACAAAUAAAUGAAAUGCACAAGGCAGUAUGUCUAUCUAUGGCAUGUCUCAGGUUUUAUAGGGUAUUUUUGGCAAGUGGUGUAAGUUAUAUAAAACAAAUCUCAUACACAGCAAUAUGAUAUUUUUGUGAUGAGCCACUUAAUAAUCUGGUAUUUUAUUGCCUAUAAUUCUGCUUUAUUGUGCCAUGUAUUAGACCUCCCCAACGCACAAAUUUAUGUUGAUUAUUGCUCCAGAAUUGCUUUUCAACCAAUUAACAACUUAUUCAGCCAUUCAACCUGAAAAUUAAUCUCGUUUAUGACCUGCUUGCUCCCAAAUGAAUUGCCAGUAAUGAUUUUGCACAUUAACAUUAUGUGCAUGUUUAAAUAUUGAAUCACCACCCCACUUGAUAAUGCCUGGGUUUAAUUAUAUUAGUAUUAUGUUGCUGUUUUGAAACUAAUGCUGUGAGGGCAAAACCUACUGUAGACGCCUAGAUAGAAAGUUAUCUAUUAAAAUAGUAAUAUUUUUUGUUCGAUUAUUAUCGUUUGUAUUAUUAUUUCUGUACAUGUUUGAUCAUCAUGUGUAUUUAUAUGGAUAUUUUGUAUACUGUAUCAUCUGUAUUUUUAAAACUACAAGGACUACUAUUUUGUAAAACUACUUUUGUAGGACCAAAAUUCAUCAAAUUAAACCAGUUUACACUGAU